AGGCUCUUUAGUUUAAUUAGGUCCCAUUUGUCAAUUUUUGUUUUUGCCACAAUUGCAAAGCCAGUAUUUGAACCUGGAUCGUCUAACUCCAGAACCCACCCUGUCUCUACCAUGCUAGGCUGUCUGCAAGGUCCUUAUUGGUUCUCCAUGGCAACAGGGAAACAGCCCUGAUGCUUCUUACUAACAUGGUCCCAGGGCCUCUGCUUGCAUUCUUCUUUUUCCACACACUCUGCCGAGCCUGGAUUAUACCUUAGGCUGUGGGAAUCAAAGGCUAGGUUGUACCAGGCUGCUGGAGCCUUCUGUGUGGCUCUGGAGUCGGGAAACUGGAGAUUUGAGGGGACACACAGGGAGAUGUGCAGUAAUUCCAGUGAGAGAUGACUCACUGCUUAUCUGAGAAGUUGGGGCAAAGCUGCCAAUUGUGACCAUACUGUGAAUAGGGAAGAAAUUGCCAGGUAGACAAAACAUCCUCAAAUGUUACUGUAUUUUUUUCCCCUUUUUGGUCCUCUCCAGGGUAAUCUAUUACCUGGGGAAAUCAGCCCUCACCUGACACCUCCUAUUGUCAUUCACCUGGUGAACACAAGGGGCCAUGUCACAGCUGUCCUUCUGCCCCUCCAUAUGCUCUGGACAGCUGGACUCCUCAGCAGUGCCUGGUCCACAGGAGAGGAUAGGGCAGAACCGGGACAGCCAGGGGAGGUGAUAACCACAUGCUCCUCUGGUUCCCAGCUCUUGCUUUUAUACCCACGCCCCACAGGGAGACAGCAAUUAUCCGCUGGACCCGCUUUACAGAUAAGGACAUGAGGCUCAGAGAGGUGCAGUGGUUGCCCAAGCUCAUGAAGCCAGGGAGCUGCAACGGCCUGGGACAGCCAUGUUUGCAGUCACGGUGGUAUUUUCUAUCCCCGCCCCCAAGGGCCGAGAGUGGUUAUCCCUGCUAGGGCAGAGUUCUCACUGCUCCACCCACCCUCACCUCUGCCCUGAGAGCCCCCGAUACAGGUGUCCAUAGAAUGGGAAAGGCUGGCACCCUUCAAAGGACGCCAGGAGCAUUGGAUGAGCACUGCCCAGCCGGCCCCUGCCCACCUUCCGCAGGAAGCCCGCCUGGGUGAGUUCUGAGAGCCUUCCUAGUGCUGAGCUGCAAAGAAACUGGAGCCCUCUCGGCCUCCAUUGCAGAGGGGACACGCUGACCAGGAUGGAAGUUGGGGGACUGGGUGUGGGGAGAAGCCAUCCCACUGCAGGGGCCGAGGCUAUCCAUCUUUGUGCCCCUGGUUCCAUGCCAGUGCCUGAGGCAUGGGAGGUUCUUGGAAAUGCAGUCAGAUGCUGGGUGAAGCCCCACGAGGGGCUACGAAUGCUUCUGCUGGGAACUCCUAGAGGGGCGGCACAGAGAGGGUCUUUGAUGCGACCAACACUCAGAGAGUCUGGCUUUCGUGAGGUCAUGCCUCAGGAGAGGAGACACUUCUCCUUUUCAUUUGUAAAACAGAAAUGAUAUUUGUCACCUUUUCUUCUCUGAGGCCUAAAGAGAUGACAAAAUGCUGUCGGUCCCACCCUGAGCCCGUGGACUUCACAGCAGGGUGUGGGGUGGCCCCUGACAGGCCUGGACGGUUUGCUCUGUGCUUGCUGGUGGACACGCUUCAGCCCGCUGUCUCCAUUGCCCCAAAUCUGGUCUGUGGCUCCUGGGCCCCCACCAGUAUGGAGGGCAGGGGUGGGCCCCAGGAGCCCCUGACCACCAGUGACUUCUUGUUUCCAGCCACCCUCCUUCCUCUUGAUUCCCCCCGACCCCCCGCCACCUCCUCACAAAGAUGGCUGUGUGCUGAGGGACUGUGGCUUCCCUGGGCCCUGGGAAAUUUAUCACUGAGGUUUCAGAGGACUCUAUGAAAAGGAUCUGGAGAAAAAGUGUGGAAAAUAAACAAUCCAGUUCCCAGCUCAGCCUCUCCUGCAUGCCACAAGUAAACAGCCACCUCGGAGGCCAGCCCAGGAUGUUCUUAUUUGGCCUCUGUGGUUACACCUGCCCCUUCCCCGCCCAGUUCCUCCUCCUUGACUUUGAGAGCCUCAUAAGUCAGGGAACACACCCUCCGCUGGCCAGUCCUUGUGCUGCAGGGACGCUGGUGGCCGGACACAGGAGGAACAUGUAUAUGGGAGAGAAGACGGCCGGGGGUCCCAGCUCAGUCCUGCUCCCUCUGAGUCAGUCCCAAGCCCGGACCCUCCCCAGCAGGCAGACGGUGACCUCUUGGUUGGUUGGAUGAGGGUGUCCCCCACCUGAAGACGACAAGCCGGGUCCUGAGUGAUGCUCCUGAGCUGAGUGUCCAAGGCCGGCCCGAGGAGCCCCCAUGGCCCCACCUUUCCCCAUGGAGAAAGGACUCACUUUGCCCCAGGACUGCCGGGACUUUCUGCACAGCCUGAAGAUGAGAAGCAAAUACGCUCUUUUCUUGGUUUUUGUGGUGAUAGUUUUUGUCUUCAUCGAAAAGGAAAAUAAAAUCAUAUCAAGGGUCUCAGACAAACUGAAGCAGAUCCCCCAAGCUCUGGCAGAUGCCAACAGCACCGACCCAGCCCUGGUCUUAGCUGAGAACGCAUCUCUCUUGUCCCUGAGCGAGCUUGAUUCAGCCUUCUCCCAGCUGCAGAGCCGUCUUCGCAACCUCAGCUUGCAGCUAGGUGUGGAGCCAGCCGUGGAGGCCGCGGGAGAGGAAGAGGAGGAAGAGGAGGAGGGAAAGGAGGAGCCACCCAGACCGGCCGUGGCUGGGCCCCGGCGCCACGUGCUGCUCAUGGCCACCACGCGCACCGGCUCCUCAUUCGUGGGCGAAUUCUUCAACCAGCAGGGCAACAUCUUCUACCUCUUCGAGCCGCUGUGGCACAUCGAGCGCACAGUGUCCUUCGAGCCGGGGGGCGCCAACGCCGCGGGCUCGGCCCUGGUGUACCGCGACGUGCUCAAGCAGCUCUUCCUGUGCGACCUGUACGUGCUGGAGCACUUCAUCACGCCGCUGCCCGAGGACCACCUGACCGAGUUCAUGUUCCGCCGGGGCUCCAGCCGCUCCCUGUGCGAGGACCCCGUCUGCACGCCCUUUGUCAAGAAGGUCUUCGAGAAGUACCACUGCAAGAACCGCCGCUGCGGCCCCCUCAACGUGACGCUGGCCGCCGAGGCCUGCCGCCGCAAGGAGCACAUGGCCCUCAAGGCCGUGCGCAUCCGGCAGCUGGAGUUCCUGCAGCCGCUGGCCGAGGACCCCCGCCUGGACCUGCGCGUCAUCCAGCUGGUGCGCGACCCCCGGGCUGUGCUGGCCUCGCGCAUGGUAGCCUUCGCCGGCAAGUAUAAGACCUGGAAGAAGUGGCUGGACGACGAGGGCCAGGACGGCCUGAGGGAAGAGGAGGUGCAGCGGCUGCGGGGCAACUGCGAGAGCAUCCGUCUGUCCGCAGAGCUGGGGCUGCGGCAGCCCGCCUGGCUGCGGGGCCGCUACAUGCUGGUGCGCUAUGAGGACGUGGCGCGCGGGCCGCUGCAGAAGGCCCGCGAAAUGUACCGCUUUGCCGGCAUCCCCCUGACUCCGCAGGUGGAGGACUGGAUCCAGAAGAACACGCAGGCGGCCCACGACGGCAGCGGCAUCUACUCCACGCAGAAGAACUCCUCGGAGCAGUUCGAGAAGUGGCGCUUCAGCAUGCCGUUCAAAUUGGCCCAGGUGGUGCAGGCCGCCUGCGGCCCUGCCAUGCGUCUCUUCGGCUACAAACUGGCGCGGGACGCCGCGGCCCUCACCAACCGUUCAGUCAGCCUGCUGGAGGAGCGGGGCACCUUCUGGGUCACGUAGGGGCACCUGGGCCCCGUGUGCCGCUCCUCGUGAAAGGCCUGCCCCGCCUUUCUGCCGCAGCCCUCGCAGAGGGCGGGUGCGCAGCGCCGUGAGCGGGCAGCGCCUCCUGUAGCAGUAGGGCCCCCAGCCAGCGCUCCGCCAAAGCGGCGGCCCCAGGGUUAAUCGCGGAGAACAGGACAGUGCCCGGUCCCCUUGAGGGCCAUCACACCCAGACCCAAGGGGUUGCAGCCUCCUGAGCAGGCCCAGGCAGGCCUGGGCCUGUUGGCAAGCUUCGAUCUCAGAGAAACAUACAUUUGUGCCUGGAGACCCUGCAGGCCAGAGUCCAAAUAUUUAACAACCAGAAGGGGCAAGGCUCUGACCAGUGACAGUCAGACCUCCUGCUUUAUUUGGUGUUAACCGUUUCUUGUCUGGAUGGUGAAGUCUGGAAUCUGGGUGGGUCCUUGGAGGAGGGGCCAGGACAGCCCUGGGUGUCAAAGGUGGCAUUUGAGGUGACAGUGGCUGUUUACCAACCAGUACAGAGCGAUUCAGCAUUUUCAUGAA